AAAUGUUGGACGUCCAAGUUGGUUGACAGACGGUCACGUUUCCUCGACGUCUGGUCAUCGCGUCAGCGCCUGCCGAGUGACCAGCACGUACCCUCGCUUUCUCGACGAACCGCCGAGCCGGCCAACCCCGCGGCAGUAAGAACGCGUUCGUGCUCACGCGAAGACGCGAACCGACGCCGCGGCACGUCGAUGCCGAUCACCGACGCUUCCUCGAGGUUUGCAUCCUCGUAAAUGCACCCUGCCCGGCGACUCCGACUCGCUGUUCACCUGGUAGCCAGGUGAGAGCGACAACGGAUUUUGGCGUCCUCCGCAUCCUGCUCGUCUGCAUGAAGGACUCGAGCUCUGGUGCCUCGAAAGGAUGAGGCGGCUCGACGACGGCCAUGCUCAACGACCGCCUCCGUUUAGGGUGCUCGCGGCAACCGACGGCAAUUAUCUGUCACCGAAUGCGAUCUCGCCACCGCCGCCGCCGCCGCCGCCGCGUGCACCCGAGCCCUACAAAAUCGCGCCAUCCACCGCGUCCUCCUCGAGGGCGCAUCGCCGAUCCAGUUUCGUCAUCAUCGCGGACUCGAGGCCCGUUUCCCCGGAGGCGAGGAGUCCGUCGCCGACGCUCGCCGCUGGAAGGAUCUCGCCGUUUCGUGGACGCGGUUUCAAGGGGCCGCCACCGCGAGCCAAGUCCAGGCCGCAGUCUCCGGAACACGCGGAUGCUCGUAGAAGAGGAAGAAACGAACGACGAGUGUCGGUGUCGCAGCAGAACAGUCCGAGGAGAAGCUUGAUCCCGCAGCCGACGCGUCAACGCUCGACGUCCUUGAGCAAAUCGACGGAGCGUCUUGCCUCGCCGAGGCUCGGUCGUCGCGCGGACUCGCGGACCCGUGUCCACACCACGGACUCCAGGAAUCGUUUGAACGCCUCCGGGAACAGUAGCAGCGCGACAAACCUCGCCGCUCGCCGACAGGGAACAGCCUCGAAAACGCCUAGCAAGCUCUCGCCGAUCCAGGGAACACCGACGAAGCCGGAGCGAACGUCGCAGUGCGCGAAGAGGGAUCGUUCGAAGGAUAUGGCGAAGCAACAGAAGGUCGCCGCGUCUCCGUCGAGGAACACCUGGACCGCGAAGAAGCAAAGCCAGGAGAGAGUCACUGGCGUAGGAAAAACGCAGAACAAGGACCGCGUUACGUCACCAUCGAAGAUUCCGUUGAAAACGAACCGAGUCAGCUCGAACGCGUUGAAUCCAGCUAGAUUCAUCAACAUCUCGAACAGCCAAGCCAACGGGAGAAGUAAAAAAGCCGGGGACAAAGGAUCGAAGGAGGCACGCGCGAGCACGAACGAACAGGCGAUCGAGUCGAGCCAAGGUAGCAAGCAGUCCGACUCGGGAACGUCGAAAAGUUCUCAAGCUAGCAACAAGGGCUCGAACACCGAGAGAAGUCCGGCAGCCGAUCUGCAUCUCAUCGAUCUCCUGAAGCAAACAUCCGCUGCCACGGGGACGUCCAGCGUGGUGAAUACGACAGCGACGACGGCUGUUCAGCCGCUUCACAUCGACGCCAACGCGUCGGUUCUUCUGGACGCGGAGGUGUCCGAGAGGCGAGGUCAGCUGGAGAAGAGCCAGCAAGAUCUUUCGAACUUGAAAUCAGCGAACACGGCUAGCGCCGACGCGGCCGCUAAGCAAGCGCAGAAUUUUCAAAUGGCGAACGGCAACGAGGAUCAUCGUCAGACGAAUCCUCCGAUCUCCAAGUCUGGUAAAUCUAACGGCGGACGAACGAAGGCCGGUGGAACGGAGAGCAGAAACGAUUCUCCGGUCCCUACCGAGAACGUCGGCAGUCACUCGAAGAGUAACAGCAUCAGUCAAUCGAUAAAAAGCGUGAGCAAGGUGAGUAACGCUGCGAGCAACACUGGCUCGGCGACGCAACGUUCCAACAGGAUCGUCCAGAACGCGAUCAACGAUCAAAACGCGAAAAACAGCAGACCUAACGAGCAGAAGAUCGAGGAAACCGCCUCCGUUCAACCGGCGUCGACGAACGUUCAGUCGAGUUCGAGCAAAGCGAACGAGGUUGAGCCGGCGAGUGAUACCACGCGAAAUCCAUCGAGCACGGAUGCUCAAAGGACAGCUGUCUCCGUAGCGAGUGCGUCUGUGAAGCAGGAAGAUCCCGCGAGAACGAUCCCGAGGUCCACGAAUAAUUCCGAGGCGACGACAAAGGUCGUCGCGAACGCGAAGAACGCGCCCGUUCCCGUGAAAAGCACUUCCGAUCAAUCAGCCUCCUCGAGGGCGAGCAACAACGUGUCCAACGUGGCUGGUGCGGUGAACAACGACUCGAGGAACGCGAACAGCGCUGGCAAAAACGCGAAAGCUCGUGCCGACAAUCACGGGAGUGGCACGUCCGUAAAAUCGUCGGCGAGAGUGUCGGUCGAUUCGAUCGAGAGCGUCCGAUCCACGGACACCGGCGUCAGCGUGGACACCGUGAAAGGCGUGUCCUCGCCGAGGGAGAAGACCGGGAUGCACGUGGUGAAACGGCCGCAGGAGAUCGAGACGUUAAGCGGGAACGUGAUGUAUCUGGAGCAAAACGGCGAGCCGGCGGUGCUGGCAGCGGCGAACGGCGUUGGCGAACGUGCACCCGACAGGCUUCUUACGCGCUGGAAGAGGUCUCUGAGUCGUUGCUGCGAGUGCUGCCCAAGCAUGAGGUGUCUGGCGUGUCGUACGGACCCCAAGGGACUCACAUGGCCCAGAAGUCACGCCAGGACCACGUUGGUGAACAGGAACGAGCAACCUCUGACCAGGGAUAACGUGCCUGCCGGCUGCUGGCCUAAAUUCAAGAACAGAUGCAGGUGCAAGCGACUCAGGGAAAUGAAAUGUUGCUCAAAGAGAUCGCGGGUCGCGCCAGCCGAGGCCACCGUCUGCUGCCCUCCGGAAAGAAGGUUCGGCGCCAUUUGCCGCCGUCUGUUCGACAACUGCAAAUGCAAGCGGAACGCCGAAGCGGAACGCGCAAGAAACACACGUGCCAAGCACAGUCUUACCAGCGUAGCACCGCCCCCGUUGUCGGAGGAACCAAAAGCUAAGAUACCGGAUGUUCUGGUAGAGCACAAUUCCCUAAUGCGUGGCGCCAUUCCUUGUCUGCCAGUUCCCCUCGCUUGGUUCUGUCUCGUGUGGAACGUUUUACUGCCUGGCUCUGGCACUGUGUGGAGCGGUAUUUUCAACUUGUGCACCGGCCAGCCGAGAUUCUCGGCGGUGGCUGGACUAAAGUCGAGACUAGGCGCGUUCGUGGUGAACCUGGUGGUCGGGGUGGGUCAAUUAUUCACCGUUUUAUUCUGCCUGGUUGGGUGGGGCUGGAGCAUUUGGUGGGGCGUCACAUUGGUCCGUUUAGCCAGGAAGUACAAGAGGUUCAAGGCUUCCGAGGCAGCCAUCAACGAUCCGGAAGCGAAGGGGGGAGAACCAGCGUCUCUGCCCCCCGGUGUACCAAGUCAAGCGUUGAGAGGGAUGGAACUGACGCGAUAAUUCCAAGUCCACGGCCGGGAUUCCCGCGGCUUACGUUUUUAUAUUGUUCGUCUUAUAGCGAUUCUUCACUACGUGCCUUCUCGAAAGCUGCGA